CUCUAACCUAAAACUUCUUUUGUUAUUGUCGAAAAAUUAUUCUUUAUUUCUUUCCUAUCAAGUUUAAAAUUUGGCGUUUCAAGUAGGAGAUGAGUAAAAUCGUAAAUUCUAAGGCUAGAUCCAUUCGUAUGUGGAUUCAUGGAAAAUGUUUCAGUGUCAACAAAUUUAAUCCUAGUACUUUUUUAAAAAUGCCAGAUGAUGAAAUCGAAGAGAACAUUUCUCUAGAAAACUAUCAUGAAAUAACUGAAGAUAGUGGAAAAUUUAUAACAACCUUCCGUCUUCCAAAAUCAUAUUACGCGAAAAUACACAAUAUGCCUGACUUUUGCAUAAAGGAGUUAUCAGACAAAACGGGAAUCGAAAUUAUUUUACCAGAAAUUGGUCAAGAUGGCGAAGUUGCAAUUCAUUCAGAUUCGAAAAUGAAAUUACUUAAAGCAGUGGAUCAAAUCCAUUCGGUGGCGGCUGAGAUCAGGCGAAGAUAUGCAGCGUUGCAAUUUGUCUGCAUACCUUGUUUAAGUCAAAGUGUACAAGAAAGUUUUGAAAAACUUAAGAAGGAUGUAUUAGAUUUGGGAAUUCCUGGUGUGCAUGAGUCGAUAUUUCAGUGUCCAAAAAAAUUACAUUUAACAAUAAAUGUAUGCGUUUUAUUGGACGAGACAGAGAAAAACGAAGCGGUGAAUGCCCUUAAUUCAUACAAGACAGAAGUUCUGGAUCAACUUCUUGGAAAAGUAGGGCCGCUAAAAUUAGAUAUUGCUGGAUUAGACUGUAUGAAUGGCAACGUUAAAAAAGUUAAUGUAUUGUACGCCAAAGCUAAAAUUGCGAAUGAAUCUGGCGAAUUUAGCUUGCAGAGUAUUGUUAAUGGGUUGUCGAAUCAUCUGUAUCAUAGAGGUUUGAAUAAAGAAUACCAAGAAAAUGUCAAAUUGCACAUGACAAUUAUGAACACAAAGUAUAGAAAAGUGUCUGGUAGCCCCAAAAGAAAGUGUCGUCGAUUAAGUUUUGAUGCCACGAAAAUCAUAGAGAAGUACAAGGACUAUACUUUUGGACAGUGUAAUUUUGACAGUAUUCACUUGUCACACAUAACUUCCAAGGGUGAUGAUGGAUUUUACAAACCUGUAAAAAUAAUCAAGUUAGGUUUUUAAUCAAAAUUUUAGUUUGCCUACUACUUGUACCUGAAUUUUCAAGAAGUCAGAAAAUUAGAAAUUAAUUGAAUUACCUACAUUAUUGCAGUAUGCAUUUUAUGUGAUACAUUGUAUACAUAUCUUUAUAAUUUGUUAAUGACGCUUCUAUAGUUUUUAUUGUACAGG